CAUCAGACAACGCCAGCUGCCGCACGCUGCGGGGCCGUACCGUGGAGGCUCUGUGGUUUUCUCUGAGUCCACCUAGGGAAGAGCGGCCCGAACACGGCCAGGGGUGGCCGCAUCUCGGCGCCGCAAUGCAGGUCUCUAGCCUGAACGAAGUGAAGAUUUACAGUCUCAGCUGCGGCAAGUCCCUUCCUGAGUGGCUUUCUGACAGGAAGAAGAGAGCACUGCAGAAGAAAGAUGUUGAUGUUCGUAGGAGAAUUGAACUUAUUCAGGAUUUUGAGAUGCCUACUGUUUGUACCACUAUUAAGGUGUCAAAAGAUGGGCAGUAUAUUUUAGCAACUGGAACAUAUAAACCUCGGGUUCGAUGUUACGACACCUACCAGUUAUCCUUGAAGUUUGAAAGGUGUUUAGAUUCAGAAGUUGUCACCUUUGAAAUUUUAUCUGAUGACUAUUCCAAGAUUGUCUUCUUACAUAAUGAUAGAUACAUUGAAUUUCACUCACAACAAGGUUUUUACUACAAAACCAGAAUACCAAAGUUCGGGAGAGAUUUCUCUUACCACUAUCCAUCCUGUGACUUGUACUUCGUUGGUGCAAGCUCGGAAGUUUAUAGACUAAAUCUAGAGCAAGGACGGUACCUGAAUCCUCUACAAACUGAUGCUGCGGAGAAUAAUGUUUGCGACAUAAAUUCUGUACAUGGCUUGUUUGCCACUGGUACGGUGGAGGGUCGAGUGGAGUGCUGGGACCCAAGAGCUCGAAAUAGAGUUGGCCUCCUAGACUGUGCAUUGAGUAGCGUCACAGCAGAUUCAGAGAUAAACAGAUUACCAACAAUCUCAGCUUUGAAAUUCAAUGGCGCCUUGACCAUGGCAGUUGGAACAUCCACAGGGCAGGUAUCAAGGAAGAGGUUACACACUUGGUCGGAAGAGACGCCCUCCACAAUAGGCAAAGCCUCAACCACACCAUUCUUCUUGAAUAUACCAAAACUGUCUUCAUUCAACUCGACAGCAACGGGUAUCUUCAUUAUGCCUUUCACUUCUGUUUGUGUUACUAGGACAGUGCUGGUUUUAUUAUAUGAUCUUCGAUCUGAUAAGCCAUUGCUAGUUAAGGAUCACCAGUAUGGUCUGCCCAUUAAGUCAGUUCAUUUCCAGGAGUCAUUAGAUUUAAUUUUAUCUGCAGAUUCUCGAAUUAUCAAAAUGUGGAAUAAGAACUCAGGGAAAAUAUUUACUUCCUUGGAGCCAGAACAUGACAUUAGUGAUGUCUGCCUCUAUCCCAACUCAGGAAUGCUUUUUACUGCCAAUGAAACCCCCAAGAUGGGCAUUUAUUACAUUCCGGUUUUGGGUCCUGCUCCCAGGUGGUGUUCCUUCUUAGACAACUUGACAGAAGAAUUAGAAGAGAAUCCAGAAAGCACAGUUUAUGAUGAUUAUAAAUUUGUCACCAAGAAAGACCUUGAAAAUUUAGGGCUCACACAUCUCAUCGGAUCACCUUUUCUCCGGGCAUAUAUGCAUGGAUUUUUCAUGGAUAUAAGGCUCUAUCACAAGGUGAAAAUGAUGGUGAAUCCAUUUGCUUAUGAAGAAUAUAGGAAAGAUAAAAUUGGACAGAAGAUAGAAGAAACACGGGCACAGAGAGUUCAAUUAAAGAAAUUGCCAAAAGUUAACAAAGAGCUGGCACUAAAGUUAAUUGAGGAAGAGGAGGAGAAGCAGAAAUCUACAUGGAAAAAGAAAGUUAAGAACCUUCCUAAUAUUCUCACUGAUGAUCGAUUUAAAGUUAUGUUCGAGAACCCUGAUUUCCAAGUAGACGAAGAGAGUGAAGAAUUCAGGCUUUUGAAUCCACUUGUUUCAAAAAUUAGUGAAAAAAGGAAGAAGAAACUAAGGCUUUUAAAGCAGCAAGAACUUCAUGAACAAGAAGAGGAAGAACCGGAGGGAAAACCGAGUGAUGCAGAAAGUUCUGAGAGUUCAGAUGAUGAAAAGGACUGGGUUGAAGAGGUCAGGAAACAGCACAGACUUCUCCAUCAGGAGGAAAAAAUGAAGCGGCAGGAACGCGUCAAAGAGGACCAGCAGACAGUACUAAAGCCCCAGUUUUAUGAGAUCAAAGCAGGAGAAGAAUUCCGAAGCUUCAAAGACUCUGCUACAAAACAGAAGCUGAUGAACAAAACCCUUGAAGACCGUUUGAAAAUUGAAGCAAAAAAUGGGACAUUGAAUAUAUCAGACACCACUGUUGGCAGCAAACAAUUGACGUUCACAUUAAAGAGGUCUGAACAGCAGAAGAAGCAACAGGAAGCUGAGAAACUGCAUCGACAAGAGAGGAAAAAGCUUCGCCGUUCAGCCAGUCACCUGAAGUCAAGACACAAACGAGGAUGGCCAUUUCAUUGAAUUUGAAAAUGUCCCCACAGAACGCCGGUGAUCGCUAAGUGUGAUUUGGAAGGAGCACGUCACUGCCGUAUUGAUUAUCACUAGGUUAUAUUAAACACAGACAAAGGGACAUACCUUUUUUAAGUUCCAUGUAUCUUCUUGAUACAUUCACAGAGGUAAAGACUUUAUAACUUGUCUCUAUGCCUUGUGGAUUGAUCUUCGAAGACUGGGCUCACACCAAAUGGUUACUGCGUAGUUCUUGCUCCCUUGUAUACACUGCCUCUUUUUCCCUCGUUUUAAUCGAGGAAACCAGGUUAUUACUGUUUUUUAAUAUUGGGAAAUGUGUACAGUGAAUUGAAAGGUUUAUCCUGUACUGAAAAGGAAGAUUUAUCGUGUGCUAAGAACUUUUCUUGCUGCAGUGCCUACCGCCAGUCAUGGUUAAGCCACAGAGAGACACCGUGGCUGUUGACUGUGUAUAUCGGCCAUGUUUGUGUUAAUGUUUUAAGAAUGUGGUGAUUGAUUGUGUUAGUUUCAGAUUUUUUUUUUUUUAAUUUUUAUACCAAGAAUAUUAUUUAAUGGUAACAACAGCCUAAAAAAGGAGCCCUGGUGGUACAGCAGUUAAGUGCACGGCUGCUAACCAAAAGGUUGGUGGUUCGAACCCACCCAGAAGCUCUGAGAGAGACCUGGCAACCUGCUCCCGUAAAGAUUAUGGCCUAGAAAACCCUCUGGGGCAGUUUUGCCGUGUUAUGUGGGGUACUGUGAGUUGAAAAUCAACUUGACAGCACACAACAACAAUAGCCUAAAAAAGAGAUGGAAAUUACUGGUUAUUCUUUGAGCAUGGCACAGAUAAACUAUAGGUUUUUGCUAUUUCUUAAGUGCAAAUAGAGAUAAACUGGCCAGAAAUAAAUAAAUACUUUUCAUUUGAAUAGCCUCUUUGAGAAAGACCCAUUCUUUGAGUUAAUUUGGAAAUUUGGUUUUCUUAGUUGCUCAGAUAUUAAUGUGCUUUUGAGGGUGAAUUUAUAGACUUUUUUAAAGUUUCUUUACAUACAGCUCUCUGAACUGUAAAUGAUAGAAUCUUUGAAACUGUAAAUGAUGAACCUGCAAAAAGGUAGAGUGCAUUAUUACUAAAACCAUGCUGUGGAACAUGUAACAGGUCUCAUGAACACCUAGAUCCAGGGCUUCAAGUUUAAGUCACAUCUACUUCUCCUUUCUUUCCUUUCCUCUGUCAACAUCGUUCCUUAUUUCUUCAGGUCUCUGCUUCUCUCUGGAUUGCAGUCAGUCCCUUUCCCCCAGGCUUUAUCUCUCCCUGCCCCCUGCUUCUCCUGUGCGGUCUGGCUUGCUCCACGGGGCAGGGAACAGCUUGGGUCAUCCGUUCACUCCUGUGGUCUGAGAGAUAGUGUCUGUUUCCACAAAAACUAUAUGUGUUGUGCAUGUGUGUGGUAUGUAGAAUAUAUGUAUGUGAGUGUGCCCACCCACUGCCGUUGAGUCGUGUGUGUGGUGAUAUAUCUGUGUGUGUGUGCAGACAUAGUAUCCAGAAAGAAAUUCUUGUUACUCAGGGAGCCAACCCAAUUUGUGUUGUGUUAACAGAUUAAGUCCUCAAGUUAUUUAAAUCUCUGGUUACCAACCGUUUUCCUUUUUCAGCUUCUUAUCCCCUAAAAUCAUAUUCGUGGACCACCUCUUCCCAAAGGAAGGUGCCUUGGCUUUCAUGUUGCUUUCUUUUCUCUAUUUCCCACAUUCCUCCCUUAAGGAAGGAGAAUAUAGAAGAAAUCAGAGAGGGAUUUGGACUGACACUCUGCUGCCUGGAAUUUUUUCCCCAAGGGUUGGGUGGUUAUGCUGUAGUCUAGACUUGUGUCCUAAGAUAAGGUCUUCCACACCUAUACCUGGUUUCCAAGGCUCCUUCUUUUCUUCCUUCUUUGGGGGGACCUUGUUUCGUUAGGAGCCAGUAUGCUACAGUGUUAAAUUCCAUUAGCAGUGCUGAAGGGUAAGAGGAGGAGUUAAAAAACUAGAAAAUCAGACCAUCCCCAGAUCAAGGAAGAAUCAAAAAACACCCAAACUCCUUUUCGCCUUCGAGUUGAUUCCUACUCACAGCGACCGUAUAGGACAGAGUAGAACUGCCCCGUAGGGUUUCCAAGGAACAUCUGGUGGAUUUGAACUGCUGACCUUUUGGUUAGCAGCUGAGCUCUUAACCACUCUGCCACCAGGACUCCUGAGGAAGGAUAGUACAGAUGAAUUCUGGAUACUUGGGAGGCUGGUAAAGUAGUGGGCAGAGCUUGGGUUUUGAAACCAGGCAGACCCAAGGCUGAAUCGUAGCUCUCAUUCUUGCCCUUUCUCUAUUCUUUAAAUACUUAAUCUCUUUGAGCCUGAUUUCCCCAUAUAAAAUGAGCCAAAUACUUAGUUUUUUCGGGGUUUGAUGAAAUGCAUUAGGUAAAGCACCUAGCAAGUGCUAGGCAGUGGGUACUUAGUUAUUUCUCUCCAGUCACCCUUACCCUCAUCCCACAGCUCUGAACUCAACAUAUUCUUUAAUAUUGAGGGGUUUUCUUGAGAGUGGAAUUACUCCUCAGCUUCUGUUCUGGGGGUUCCUGAAAGGCAGAUGGAGGGACUAAGCUGAGACCAUGGCAGAUGUUCAGGGAAUAUUUGCUGAAUAGAUAGAUGCAUGAAUACUUCUUCCAGGCUCCAGCCAUCCUUCUCACUGGCCAGAUUUUUCUAGUUAUUGAUCCCUUAAAACAGAUAGACCUACCUCUUCAGAGUUAAGACUCCUGCUACCAUCCUCAUCUUUCUCUGAAGUCUCCUGUUUAAAAAAAAAGUCAUGCAAGCUUCAUAUUCUACUCCAUAAUCUUUCUGUGUUUGUGAUAUACUACUUAUCAGGUACAGGAACGACCAUGUUUCUCCUGUAGCUCUGUACUGGAAAGUGCACCCAGGGGUAUCAUGAGCCAGUAUGGGAAGCACAGUCUUAAAGAUGAUGGCUUGGUUUUUACCUCGGGACCGCCCUGUCUUAGAUCCCCCUCAUUCUCUGAAAACUUUUUUUUUUUAAUGCCUAAAUACUUUUUUUCCUAAAACAGAAGUUGUUAUCAGAAGUUAGGAUAGUGGUUCCUUCUGGAGGGAGGAGAUCGUGAUUGGGAGGAGACAUAACAGCAUCAUCCAGGACUCUGGUUAGUUCUGUCCCUUAACUUGGGUGGUGGUUUCACUGAUGGGUUCACUUUGUGAGCAUUCAUUUUACUACUACAACUUAUAAAUCUUUUUAUUUUAUGUUAUACUUCAGUUUAAUACUUCUAUUGAAUAAGAAUAUGUACCCGUUACAACAACUCUACUAUCUAGUCCCCCAAGAUAACUCCUUAACAGUACAAGGUCUAUCUUUUCAAAUAUUUUUCUGUUGUGUUUGUUUUGGUAAUACAAGUGGGAUCGUACUAUAUAUGCUGUCGCUCAGCUUGAUUUUUAUAACUAAUAAUAUAUUGUAGAUAGUUUUCAAAGUCUGUAAAUACAUAUACAGUCAUGCAUUGUUUAACACCCACAAUAUGUUCUGUGAAAUAGGAUGUUAUGCAAUUCGGGUGUUGUGUAAACACGUAGUUUAUCUAAGGUUUCCACAAAUUCUUUUGCUGCCUUUGCAUCAGCACUUGCAGGCUCACCACUCACUUUCACGUUAUGCAGUGCAAAACAUUGUUUGAAGCUCUUGAACCACCCAGAGUUAGCACUGAGCUUGAUACUGUAGUCUGGUCCUGUUUUUUCUUUAAGCAUCUCUGUCUUAGUUAUGUAUCCUGCUAUAACAGAAAUACCACCAGCCGAUGGCUUUAAUGAAGAGAAAUUUAUUCUGUCACAGUUCAGGAGACUAGAAGUCUAUAUUCAGGGUGCCAUUUCCAGGGGAAGGCUCUCUAUCGGCUGUGAGAGAAGGUCCUUAUCAUCAAUCUUCUGAUCUAGGAGCUUCUCUGUGCAGGGACUCCAGGUCCAAAGGAUACACUCUGUUCCCGGCACUACUCCCUUGGUGAUAUGAGGUCCCCUUGUCUCUCCACUUGCUUCACUUUUUUAUAUCUCAAAAGGAAUUGACUUAAGACACAACCUAAUCAUAGUCCUGCCUCAUUAACAUAACUGCCUCUAAUCCUGCUUCAUUAAUAUCGUAGAGUUGGACUUACGACACAUAGGAAAAUCACAUCAGAUGACAAAAUGCUGGACAAUCGCACAAUACUGGGAAUCAUGGGCUAGCAAGUUGACACAUAUUUUUGAGGGGCACAAUUCAAUCCAUGACAUUCCACCCUUUGGCCCCCCAAAAUUCGUGUCCUUGCCACAUAUAAAACACAUUCACCCCGUCAAUAUCAUACCAGAACUAAUAAGUCAACUCCAAGUCCAAAAUCCAAAAAUUUCUCUAUAAAAUCGAAAAUACAAGUUAUCUGCUUCCAAAGUACAAUAGUGGAACAGGCACAAGCUAGACAUUUCCAUUUACAAACGGGAAAAAUUGGAGGGAAAGACAGCAUGACAGGCGCCAAGCAAGUCAGCAGAGAAUACAUUACCUUAGCCCUCAAGGCUUGAAAAUAACCCUCUGUUCUCCGAGACCAUUUACACACUGGCCCUGACCUCCAGACUCUGGGCUUCAGCUCCACCUUCUAGGCCCACUGGAAUGGCAACUCUUCUCCCUUGGCUUUGGGCAGCCCCAUUCUCCUAGUUCAUCUGAGUGGUGACUCCACCCUUUGAGACCCCAGAGGUCGUGGCAGCUCUGCUUCCUGUGUUCUUUGUCUCUUCUGCUUCCUGGUUCCUUGGCCCCUCGAGCCUCACCAUCCACAUCUCCCCUUCUGGGGCAAGUGUUCCAAAGGUCUUUACCAAACCAAAAACCAAACUCGUUGCCAUUGAGUCGAUUGCGACCCAUAGUGACCCUAUAGGACAGAGUAGAACUGCCCCAUAGAGUUUCCAAGGAGCACCUGGAGGAUUCGAACUGCUGACCCUUUGGUUAGCAGCCAUAGCACUUAGCCACUAUGCCACCAGGGUUUCUGAAAGCUCUUUAGCUCCACCAUUAUGUGUCUGGAGGUACCCCACUCAACCAGUAAACUUUGGCAGGAAGGCACUCAGCUCUCUUGUUCCAGCUUUCUUGCUCCAUGGGUCAGCAAGCGUAGCUCUAGCAAUAAGUGCUCGGAGGCACCCCACUGCACCAGGAAGCUUCCUGUGCAAAGGCACUCAUCUCUCUGGCUCCAUGAGUCGAGUCUAGCACCAUCUUGAGCUGGUCUCCUAAUUCUGCUGCUGCUGUUUCUGUCUGCACCAUCUCCAGUGUAAUAGCGCUCCUCACCUCCUUCUGAAUCCACUAUCCAUUCAGUUUCAAAACUGCUUCCACAUUUUAGGUGUCUGUUAGAGUAGCACCCCACUUUCUCCGUACCAAAUUCUGUCUUAGCUAUCUAAUGCUGUAUAACAGAAAUAACCACAAGUGGAGGGCUUCAACAAACAGAAGUUUAUUCCCUCACAGUCUAAUAGGUUAGAAGUCCAAAUUCAGGGCCUUAGCUCCUGGGAAAGGCUUUUUCAAUCUCAUAGAUUGAGUCCUGCCUCAUUAACAUAACUGCCUCUAAUCCUGCUUCAUUAAUGUCAAAGAGGUAGGAUUUAUGACACACAAGAAAACCACAUCAGAUGACAAAAUGGUGGACAGUCACACAAUAUUGGGCAUCAUAGCCUAGCCAAGUUGACAUACUUUUGGGGGACACAAUUCAGUCCAUGACAAUUUUGAACAAGCUUCGUGCCUUAGCAGUGAUCGUCAAUGUGCUGUGAGGGAUUCGUUUUUGUGUUUGGUCCUCAACCCACAUCAUUAGCAAUUUCUCCAUAUCUGGUAUAGGUCCCUCUCACAUUUUCAUUAACCUUGCAGCUUUCAGUGGAGCCCAUCCUAUAACACCUUGGAGAAUUUCAUCUUUGUUUUUGAUGUUUUGUCCACUACAUCCUGUUCUCCAGUCAGGUUGUCUGAACUCUGUUAUAACCUUAUGGGACCAUGGACAUACACACGGUUAGACGUUGCCUGGACGGAUUUUAUGUGGUGCAUGACUGUAUAUACAUAUUAUAUAUUUUUAUAAACCUCGGAAUAUUUUAGCAUUGAUCUAUAAUUUAACUUCCCCUAUUGAUGCUUGUCCCUAAAAAUCUAAAAAAAACUUUAAAAUACCAUUUCUAUAAGUAUAAAAAAAAUAAGCCAAGUUAUUUUAAAAACGAACACAGUAACUUUAUGAAACACCUGUAUGUAGUAAAGCAAUGAAAAUGUCAUUUAAUUUCUGUCCACAUUUGAUUAGGGACUGUCGUUUCAAAGAACUAUUAGUAUACUUUUUUCCAUUAAAAGUAAUUUAUACUAAGUAUAGAAAAUUUGAAGAAUAAAGAAAAAAAUAACCUCA